AUACGCCGCGAGAGACGUCCGCCCCGCAAGCACGCGGCGACACCAGACCCGCGAAGACAUGCCGCGGCCCACGCGCGACUCCUACGGCGACCAGAAGCCGCCCUUUUCCUACAUCGCCCUCACAGCCAUGGCCAUCUGGAGCUCUCCGGAGCGUAUGCUGCCGCUGUCUGAGAUCUACCGCUUCAUCACAGACCGUUUCCCGUACUACCGGCGCAACACGCAGCGCUGGCAGAACUCGCUACGCCACAACCUUUCCUUCAACGACUGCUUCGUGAAGGUUCCGCGGCGGCCCGACCGGCCGGGGAAGGGCGCCUACUGGACGCUGCAUCCACAGGCCUUCGACAUGUUUGAGAACGGAUCACUGCUGCGCCGUCGCAAGCGCUUCAAGCUGCACAAGGGCGAGAAGGACAGCCUCAACGCCGAGUUAGCAGCUCUGGCAACCUUUAACAGAGCGUUUUUAGCGCGCCAAGCGAACGCACCGCUCCCGUCGGCGAGCCUAUCAAGUGGAAUGUACGCUCCCAACGUGACACUUUGUCCGAGACCUAGUCCUGAGCCGAUCGAGGUGCCGGACACGUCGGCGCUCCUCCCGGCGUGUCCACGACCACGACGAGCGUUCACGAUAGACGCGCUGCUGGAGCCGGAGCCGAGUCGCAGUUCGCCGUCUCCGCCCGUGCAGCCGCAGCCGACGCCGCCGCGCUGUCCCCUGGCUCUGCCGCCGAAUCCAUACCUGGUGGCGGCCCAGCGCUACCACGCCGAGCUGCUGGCGGGCCUGCAGCAGUCCUGUUUGCCCCCGCUCUGGACGUGGCGUGACACCAGCCAGUUCUCACAUUACACACUUAAUUCAUGAAUGGUAGCGUCGAUUUUAAAAGAUCUCAGGAUUAGCUCUAGUUAUAAGGAACUCUAGAGGCAUUUAAUAUUACGCCUACAAGUGUUAGAAAAUUAGUGAACAAAAAAUUAGGAACAGAAGAGUGUGAUUAUUUUGUCGUCGAUUGUAAUUAUAUAACGUCAAAGAAAAAAAAUUAGGUAAGCUUUUAAUUUCCUACAAUAUAAAGAAGUAACUAUAGUAGAGGUCAGUCUAAUCUCUUAUGCCACAUAAGAGAAAGAGAUGUAAUUAUCGUAAAGAAAUGAAGAAGGGUGACCACGAUCCAAGGUAGAAUGAAAGCCAAUAUUAUUUUUUAAAUAUUGGAUCUGAUCACUCGAUCACUUUAGCUCGUCGAUUUGU